AUGGCUAUUAAUGAAGGCGACAAAAAAGCACAAAAAGACUUAAAAACUGUUAUUGAUCUUGUUCAAAAAGCAUUUCAAGAACUCAAACAACAUCCAACAUCGCCUAUAGAUGCUCUCGGAGACAAUGUAGUAUCGAGUAUCAACUUCAGUACAUUUUCAUGUAGUACUGCAGAUGAUAAAACUAUGAAAACAUUAACUGUGCAAAUUGGGCAUUUAUUUAAUGAAUUUCUGGUGACGUUAUCCGAAUAUUUUCAAGAAUAUAUAUUUAAUUUACUGUAUGAAUAUCAAUAUGAUAAAAAUAAAAAAAAAUUCAAAGAAAAUCUUACUAUCGGUAAGCUACCUAAGUUUAUUAAUGAUCUUGAGACUAUUCAAGAUUCAAUCGAUGCUUUUAAAGCUGCAUGGGAUGGAAAAAUAAAUCAUGUAAAAGAAUUUCUGACUAAAUAUCCAACAUACAAGGAUAAGCUUGGUCCAUGGGGUACAACAUUAAUUUAUUCGGCAGCUAAAAACGGUCAUAUAGAGCUUGUCAAGUAUCUUGUAGCUGAUAGUGGAUGCUCUGUGAAUGCUCAAAACCAGCAGUAUAUUGAGAGAGCUUUAUCACUUGAAACUAUAACAGCUGAUGAUUAUAAAGUGAUUCCUAAAGCGGUUGAGUAUGGUGCUAAUUAUUUUAUCAGAAAUCAAGCAGAAGAAACAUCAUUGGAGAAUAUAGAAACUCAUGGACAUAUUACAGAGUACUUUCAAACUAUUUUCAAUCCUGGAUAUUCCAUGCAGCGAAAAAGUCUACCCAAAGCACCUAUUGUUGAAGGAAGCACUCAACCGGAAGAAGACUGUAUUUGGAAAUAUAAGCCAUUGUUUGAUAAUGAAUGGUUUGCUUUCGAUGUCAAUGAAUCCAAACAGUUAAGUAAAUCAUUAGUAAUAAAACCGGGCGAAAAAUGUCAACAUGAAAUUCAUUUGAGUGUUGAUGCAGCGGAUUAUAGUGUUUCAACUAUUCGAUUUCUACGCUGUCAACAAAGCGUGGAUCAGCAUGAAAAUUUAGCAUGGGUUCGAUGUCGUGGUUCAUCGAUGUUGAAUUUCGAUUGCUAUGCUUUAUGGCAAAUACUUUUCGUGAAACAUCCAGAAGCACAAUUCAAUACUGCCAUAUGUCUAGAUGUUUUUGAUAUGCCGACAAUGGAUGAUAUGGAAUUUCGAAUUCAACUGAAUGUUUGGUAUAAAUGUGAUGCAAAAACCAAUGCGACAUUAGAUGAAACAAUGAAUAAUCUGAAAAGAUACACCAGUAUAGAUAUGGAUUCAAUAGCAAAUGAAAAACUGAUGUUCGAUUUAUUAAAGUUCUCGUUUGAGAACAAACAACGAACUAUUUGA